UUUCCCGGGUGGGAUUAGUUCACUUCGGUCCUGUUUUGGUUCUGUGUUGAAGCCCUAACGUGGCGCUGCCUGUUACUUCUUCAAACUCUGGAAUUUCAACGAAUCAAGUCCUGCUGUUGCUGUUGCUGUUGCGGAGGGUAUAUAAUUCGGCUUUUCUUACCCUCGGGACCAUCUGCCAGGUGCACAGCCUUGACAAAUCUCCGUCCGUACCAUUACCAUACCAUUAUUGUGAACAUGAAGUCAGAGAGGGAGGACAUCAUUUUUCAGGCUCUCCUCUUAAUCCACAUCCCUGUGGCCUGCCUCUUCACUGCAGUGUCAGGUCAGUCUGACAGCAGCAGCAGCGUGGUGGUUGCAGGCUAUAAUGUGAGCGCCCCCGCUGGGUCAAGGGUGGUGCUGCAGUGUGUGAGCGGCCGUAUGGUGUGGACCAGGGACACGGUGAGGGACAGGCAGAGGGUGGUCCACUGGGACAUGUACCGGGCCCGUCCAGACUACGCCAUGGAGAGGGUGCUGGACAUGUUCUCUGCAGGGGACCAGAGGAUCUACAACUCCUACAACCUGGGCAGGGUCGGCCUCAGCCCAACAGCCUUCAGGGAUGGAAACUUCUCCCUGGUCAUCAAAGACGUGACGAUGAAUGACAGAGGUCUGUACUCUUGUAACCUCCACCAUCUCUACUGCCACCUGUACGAGACAGUCAGAGUGCAGCUCAAUGUCACUAAAUCGCGUCGUAAAGAGCAGCGCUUCUGGGAUGGACAAAAGGCAGUGUACGUGGUGUUGCUUGGUAGUACCGUGGUGUUGCCGUGCAUCAACCGACGUAGCGUGUGGACAGACUGGAGCAACGAGGAGGAGGACCAGCAGGUAGUCCACUGGGACCGUCAGUCCCCAGGAGUCCACCACGACCGCGCUGACCGGCUGGUGGACCUGUACGCCUCUGGGGAGCAGCGUAGCUACGGACCACUGUUCCUACAGAGGAAGAUGAACAUCAGCAAUCAAGCCUUCUCAGAGGGAGACUUUUCACUUUCCAUAUCUGAUCUGCAGCCCACAGACAAGGGAAUGUAUUCCUGCCACCUCCACCACCAUUACUGUGGUCUGCACGAGAGAAGAGAGUUUCAGGUCACAGUGGAAGCACCAGUGAUUCAGACCACCCUGCCAGCCAAAGCACUGCCCAGUGAAGACAAAGACACCACUAAGGUUGAGUCACCGCGAGUCAUCAAUGUCAUUCUGCCCACCAAA